AUGGCUUCUUCUUCUGAGAAAUCGCAAGUCAUAACUUUCCUCGUGGCUCUCACAUUUUCAAGCAUGAUGAAUUCAGGUAUAGCAGCUCGUCAUCUUCUCCAAGUGCCUUCUAUACCAAACUUGCCUGGACUUCCAAGUAAUUUGCCUUCAUCAUCAACACCAGACUUACCUAAACUUCCUUUUACUUUGCCUUCAACGCCAAACUUACCUGGACUUCCAAGUAAUUUGCCUUCACCAACACCAAACUUGCCUAAACUUCCAUGUAUUUUGCCUUCAACACCAAACUUGCCUGGACUCGCGUGUACUUUUCCUUUAAUACCAAAUUUGCCUCAGCCCAAUAAUAAUGUUCCUCCUUCAAAUGCUAAUCCAUCCAUUCCAUCUUCCUCUCCCUCACCUUUAUUUCCCAGCCCUUGA